AUGGCCGAUCAAUUCAAGGCGCGAACGCUGAAGCGCAAGAACGUCAAAGGUCUUGCUCUGAAUGCCGCCCCGAAACCCCCCGCCAAUAACGCCGAUGGUGAUGCUCAAGCCUCGGGCGCCGGUGGAACCGUCGAGAGCAACCGCACCGAUACCCUGGAGAUCGGGCUUGAGUUCCGACUCGACUUGCGUAGUGAGGAUCUGGUCACCCUGAAGGAACUUGGCGCGGGAAAUGGAGGUACUGUCUCCAAGGUCAUGCACGCCUCCACCAAGGUGGUUAUGGCUCGAAAGAUCAUCCGGGUCGAUGCGAAGGAGAAUGUGAGAAAGCAGAUCCUGCGGGAGCUUCAAGUGGGACAUGACUGCAAUUCGCCCAACAUCGUCACCUUCUACGGUGCGUUUCAGAACGAAGCCAGGGACAUUGUGUUGUGCAUGGAGUACAUGGAUUGCGGCUCGCUCGAUCGAAUCUCCAAGGACUUCGGCCCGGUGCGUGUGGACGUGCUGGGCAAGAUCACCGAGUCCGUCCUGGCUGGUCUGGUGUAUCUCUACGAAGCCCACCGCAUCAUGCACCGUGACAUCAAGCCGUCUAACGUGCUCGUCAACUCGCGCGGCAAUAUCAAGCUGUGCGACUUUGGCGUCGCGACGGAGACGGUCAACUCGAUUGCAGAUACGUUUGUCGGCACGUCGACCUACAUGGCGCCCGAGCGGAUUCAGGGCAGCGCGUAUACCGUGCGCUCGGAUGUUUGGAGUGUGGGAUUGACGGUAAUGGAACUGGCGGUUGGUCGAUUCCCCUUCGAUACCUCGGACUCGUCGGCCGGCGACCGGGCCAGUGCGGGACCCAUGGGCAUCUUGGAUCUCCUCCAGCAGAUCGUGCAUGAGCCGGCUCCCAAGCUGCCCAAGAGCGAUGCGUUCCCUCCCAUCCUCCACGAAUUUGUUGCCAAAUGUCUGCUGAAGAAGCCCGAGGAGCGUCCCACACCUCGCGAGCUUUACGACAAGGAUGCUUUCCUCCAGGCCGCCAAACGGACUCCUGUUGAUCUCCAGGAAUGGGCCAUCAGCAUGAUGGAGCGUCACAACCGCAAGUCGUACCUGGCACCGCCACCGCCCAAGUCGCUCAAGGAAGAGCCCCCGGUGUCGCAGUCCACCCCGUCUCCCAAGCCUCAACCCAGCAGCAAGCCAGCACGCACGCCCCAGUUUGUGCCUGGCGUGUCACCCGGCGACGUUUCCUUCAGUGGAGGCCGCGAUAGCCCUUCAAACUACCCGUACAACUACCCGGCGAACCCGUCUCCUCGUCCGACCCGGUCGACGCGCUCGCCUCCCAUCUCUCUCGAGCAUCUGUCGCUGGAAGAUGAGUACCGAUCCGGCCGUCGUCCCUCGCGGACUCCAGUCGGGGGCCCGUCUUCCGGGUUGGAGCCUCCCAUGCAUCUAUCGAUGGGGUCUCGCUCGGCCAGCUCGCACAACACGAAGUCGCGAAUGCCCCUGCAGUCGGCGGCGCUGCCCGUGCGCGGGCCUCCCCCCAGCGGACCUCCCCCUCCGGCUCCUGGCAGCGGAUCCUGGCAGCGCCAACCGGGCUCCAUGCGGGGAGACCAUAUGACGGGGGCUGUCUAG